AUGACUCUGUCUGGUGGCUCGCAGCCGUCAGCUUCUUCAUCAGCUAUUAUCAGACCUAGCUCGAGUGCACGUGUCAAUCCCUCUCAAACGGUACAAUCAUCCAGUGCCAUACGUGUAUCACCGUCUGCAACACAGACACCCUUGGUACUAUAUGUCGAGCCAAGUCAGUUGAAACGCAAACGACAAAUAUAUAACACCGCAGUCCUGAUUGGAUCCGGAUAUGUGACAGCCUCUUGCUCGGAUGCAGAUGUUUUCUACGUCGAUGGAACAAGUCUGUACGACGGAGACCUGUUGGUCUCUACAGAUGCCGGUGUAUCCCAGAUUCAGUUCGUUGGAUCGCAAAACCACGGGGCAAUUACCGGCACAUUCUCUGUGGCAAAUGGCAUUCUUGCUUGGACAAAUGCGGCCUUCCCAGCAGGCCAAGCCCAAUUUUGUGUUAUGGACAGCACUGUAUACGCAGUUUUCGAUGACGAACUACCCUUAGGCUGUACACAAGUCACUAUCGCCGCAGUACCAUACUCCUCCAUAUGCCCUGGCGGCACUGCGUCAACCACCUUCCAUCCGAUCACAACGACUCCUACCCCUACACCAACAGCAACAGGCAUUCCUACUUGUGCUGCCAGUUCUGACCCCGAGCUUAGCACUACCGUCCUGCCUGCUAUUGAUCCAAGUGUUGAUUUGUCGUCGCCCCUCAAUUUGCCCCCUUCCAUGUACGCUACACUAUACUAUGCACAACCUUCCGGCUCAACUAUCGUGCAAGUCGUUUACACUAUGCUUUACCCACAAGUCACACUGGAGAACUCUCAGGACAUUGAUACUGUUACCUGCUCAGGUGGUGAAACCAUGACCAUAGUUUUGUCAACUAAAGUUGCAUAUAACAUUGUCAGCCAAUGGCCUCAGUCUGACUUAAUCCUGAUCACCAACACAGCAAGCUGCAACUCCGCAUCUCAAAGAGGAGUCUAUAUGGUAUCAUCUUAUACAGCCGAUGAGUCCAGCCUCACUGUCACUUUACAAAUUUCUGCAACAACUUGGGCCGACGUUUCUGAAACUAUGCAGAUCAGCUAUGGUACUGGUAGCACCAAUUCUGGAAGUUCAGUCUCUUACACGCCUUCUUGCUCAGCUCCGAUCGCAACUUCCACUUCGCCUAGCUCUGCUACUAGCACUGAUGUUUCGUACGCUGACCUUACACCAGAGGAAAAGAAGAUCGUGGCUUAUCUCACGGCCAAUAACACAUAUGAUGACAACGGCAACAUUGCUGUCACCAUGCCAGCUUCGACUACUAGUGUAACAGCUCCGUCAUACGAUCCAAAUGCAACAUCCAACUCGACUGGACAAGCGGCUCUGGAAGAUGCACUCCAAGCAGCCGGCCUUCCAUCACCUGCUGACCUAUGGGGUCAGACUGCAAACAGCCUAGCUGGUUACUGCUCUAAUGGUGUAUACGUCCCUCCUACAACAGUGUAUUCUAAGCGUGAUCUGCCUUCGGCUCAAAUCGGCCCUGUACGCCGUAAAGAUCCAAUGCAUGUCCUCGCCAAACGGUCCGACGACGUCAAUGACGAAUCGUGGUGGGAGUAUCUUUGGGAUGUCGGCUGCAAUGAUAUUGUGGAUGAGAUCAUCGGCGCCUUUGAUGAAGAGGUUGGAGAAAUUGUUGAGCUAAUCUGUGAUAUGAAAGAGCUUUAUGAUGAUGUCUCGGAAGCAUAUGCCAACCGUGAUGCCAUCAAGUGUGUCUUUACUGGAUGUUAUCUUGAGGAGACCAUUGCUACUUACUGGAACUACACAUACGUUUGGGAUACAAGCUUCUCCAUUCCUGCUCAAAAUAUCAUCACAUCCUCUGUCGGUACUGUCAGCUGCGUCGACUGCGCGCUUACCAUCUCUGAAGUUCAAUUCGUCGGUAGUGUCAUGAUUGCCACCUCCACCGGUGCGAUUGAGAGUGCAUACAUGACUCCCACUCUGAGCUGGGAAGCAAAUAUUGUCAUGGGUCUUGACACGACUGAUGCUUGGUCUGGUGAAUGGGACUACGCGUUCCCAACGUUGAACUUUGACGACCCUAUCACGGUUCCAGGAGAGUUUACAAUCACGCCUGCCAUUACAUACAGUCUCGGCGUUCAAUGGUCAACUUCGGCCGCUGUUAGCUUUACGGGUGGUGCGUCCAUCAGUGUUACUGGCGGUACUAUGUAUCUCGAUUUCACACAGAGUGCUGCUUCACAGAUCUCCAACUGGUCCCCGAGUGUUCAGUACACCUACCCCGUCUUUACAAAGGCAGCUACCGUUUCAUUUAUUCCGAUCAUGAGAUACUCUCUUUCCAUCGGCGUCAAUAUCGAGAAUCAAGCAUACAAAGCGCAGCCGAUCUAUAUAAACAGCGCUGAGGCAGUAGGAUUCAAUGCAGCCCUGAUUGAGACUGACGGCGGUGCGUGCUCUGCUGGUCAACUCGAGAUGACAUCUUACACGAAUGUCACCAACAGCCUCGUUUUCACUGGAGGCUCUUCAAAGGUUCUUUCGUCAAAUGGGGAUGUUGCUGGUCUGACAAAGUGCUUCACCGUCCCCAACGACGUGCCAACAGCAGAUGAAAUCAGCUCCAUGCGCAGUCAAGGUGCAGCAUUCUGCACAGCGUACCUUGAUUACAGUCCACCAACAAGAGUUGCGUAUGCUGUUACUACCACCACGACUCCUAGUACUACACAAAUCACUCUUCCCACGACCAUCUCAACCGCUUCGACCAUUUAUCAAUAUCCUACCGUUACGAGCGUGUUCACUCAAACUACCACUGUGAAUCCUACCUCGUACGUCACCUCCAGCGGGUCCCAGUCUCUCGGUGACUCGUACAUGCGCAAGAGAGCUCUUGAAACUGCUGCGCCUACAAAUCCUUUCAGUGUGAGAGGCGCCGCACCAAAGUCCACUGGAGCUGCUCAUAAGUUACGUGCACGAACUGUGUCUGAGCCGGCUUUUGCUUCUACCUGGGAUGCAACCAAACUCUCUCUCGCCUGUUCACAAGUUGCCACCGGAACCGUGACGAAGACGUUCUAUAGCUCGACCGCAACUGCCUACUCGGGUGUUGUGACCAAUACCGCUUACAGCACCGUAGACGUUCUCGGAACACUCUACACCGAGACCUUUUCACGUGCUGUAGUCUCGUACACUGCAACCACUGUCACUGCUUCCGCAACAAGUACAGCAACCGUCACAACGGCAAGCAAUUGUCCACUGCAGUCACAGGUUUCCUGCUUCACCAUUAGCGCCUCAGGAGCAGACCACAUCAAUGGAAAACAACUUUACAUGGCUGAUGGUCACUCUUCCCCAGUUUGGGGUGGAUGGGGAGCCGGCUACGAGCUCGCUACAUUCUACAUGACUUGCUCAGGAGACCUUGUCGCUUUGCCUUCUAUGCAGGUCCUGACGACAGCUGAAGAUAUGUGGGUUGAGUUCGGCGACUUUACGAGCAGUAGCGCGGUUACGAAUCAGAAGUGUAUCCAGGACACGGCUGCUGGUACAUUGAGUUGUGGUGCUGGAUGGUAUGCCAUGACACCUGUUGCCAGGGAUAUCAAUGACUUCAGAGCGUUCAGUGGGUAUUGGCAACCUAUCUGGAGCGAUGGUUCAGACACGGAUACGCUGACGCCGGUGACUUUGACAUACGAAACUGUGACUUGCCCAUGUCAGUAUUGA